AUGGCCACAUCGCAUCCUGAAGAAACCGAAUUGGUAACAAAGAGCAUUAAAUUGGUUCCAAUCGCUCAGAUCAAAUCUGCUAAGAAGCCAAUAUUUUUUCCUGUCCUCUUACUUGCUCUUCAAGCAAUUUUCAUUGUUUUGUUGGGUGUCAAUGCUGAAUAUGGUCAUGAACCAGUGACUACUACGUCUACAACACAUUUAUCAUCAACAUUUCGAUCAACUACUACUUAUCCAAAUGGAACUAUUGUUCAAAUCCACCAUGAAGAACCAGCAGCACAUCGUGGCAUUACAGAUUUUUAUGCGAUGUUUCAAGAUAUUCAUGUUAUGAUAUUUAUUGGUUUUGGAUUUUUAAUGACAUUUCUUAGACGUUAUGGUUUCAGCGCUGUUGGCUUCAAUUUUCUUGUUGCUGCAUUCGUGCUUGAAUGGGCAUUGAUUGUUCGUGGCUAUAUGUUUGACUAUGAUAUGAAAACAAAUAGUUUUCCUAUUGAUGUUGAACGAAUUAUUGUUGCUGAUUUUGUUGCUGCAUCAGUACUUAUUUCGUUUGGUGCUGUUCUAGGCAAAACAAAUCCAACACAAUUGAUUAUAAUGGCUUUUAUUGAGGUUUUACUUCAAUCAGCCAAUGAAUUUCUUGGGCUUCGACGUUUUUGUGCUUUUGAUAUUGGUGAAUCGAUGUUUGUUCAUGUAUUUGGUGCUUAUUUUGGUCUUGCUGUAGCAUUCAUGCUUUAUGAUCCAGAAUUAACAUCAACCGAAGCAUCUGAAAGAGAAAAAUCAGUGUAUCAUUCCGAUCUGUUCUCUAUGAUUGGUACUAUAUUUCUUUUCUGCUUUUGGCCAUCGUUCAAUGCUGGUGUAGCCGCAUCAGGUGAUCCUCGUCUACGAGCUAUUGUUAAUACUUAUAUAAGCAUUGCAUCCAGUGUUUUACUUACUUAUAUAUGUUCGUGUUUAUUUCAUAACAAGAAAAAAUUUGACAUGGUUCAUAUUCAAAAUGCAACAUUAGCCGGUGGUGUUGCUGUUGGUACUGUUGCUGAUAAAAUUAUUCGUCCAGUUGGUGCAAUGAUAAUUGGCUCAAUAGCUGGUGGUUUAUCAACAAUCGGUUUUUGUUUUAUUAAAUCUAAACUUCAAAAGUUUCGAGUCCAUGAUACAUGCGGUGUUAACAAUCUUCAUGGUAUGCCGGGCUUACUUGCUGGUAUUUUUGGUAUUGUGUUAGCUUUCUUUCCUACUUUUUCACUUCAUGCCGAUAAUUUACUUGGCACAUGUUGGCAUGGAGAAAAUCGAUCACAUUUAGCUCAAGUUUGUUAUCAAGCUGCUACAUUAGUCGUUACCAUUGGAAUUGCUAUUGUUGGAGGUAUAAUAACAGGUGCUAUACUUCGUUUACCAAUUUUAAAUGAUGAACGCCCAUCAUCUUAUCACAAUGAUCAUGUGCACUGGGAAACACCAGAUGAUUUUUAUCAAGACGCACAUGCUUCUUUAUUUCCAAGUCAUGUAGAAGAACAUAUAUAA